AUGCCAAGACUACAAGAUCAGCUCCCCCCACCCUAUACAGAGCGCGCUAGAGAUCCUCUCCCAGAGACCUCUCCCCACACGUCCAUACCAAAGACCCGAGAACACGAUUUCCUAGUGUCUGCACCAAAAGCCACGCCUGAUCCAGAGACGCCAAUCCAUACAGGGCGGGGAAGAGGAAAAAGACUCAAGAAAAAACUGGCUAAGGGUUUGAAGCUUGGAGCUGGUGCCAUUGUGUUGACCGCUGCCGUUCCUGUUGUGUUUGUUGCAAAUGUGGCGUAUGAGGGAGGAAAAGCUGUUCUUCAGGUAGUCGCGGCUCCAGUUGUGGUAUGCGUGGUUUGUUUCUGUAUCGAUGAUUUUGAUUUCUGA